CGCAGCGCCGCCCCGCCGCUUCCCCGACCCGUGCGCCGGAGGCCGGGGGUCUCUGCUGGCGAGGCGGCUGGACUGGGCUCUGAGCAGCCCUAGGGAGACGCGGCGCAGUCGAGGGAUCAUACACUUCACCAGGAUCAAGGUCUUGGGCAGAGGUGCUUACGGGACACAGAAAGAAGUGCUUGCCCCUUGAAGACGCAGUUAAUCGAGAAUUAAGAGCUGGUGUGGGAAGAUCCGUCUUUAGCCAAGGUGUUGGCAAAACCCCGAGAAGUUGGCAGACACAACUGUCUGGGAAAGUCAUGUUCACACCCCAGGCAGCAGCCACCAUGGGGUCAGCCGCGGGGCCCAUCCACCUGCUGGAGCUGUGUGACCAGAAGCUCCUGGAGUUUGUCUGCAACGUGGAGAACAAGGACUUGGUGUGGCUGGAGGAGAUCCAGGAGGAGGCCGAGCGCAUGUUCACCACGGAAUUCAGCAAAGAGCCUGAGCUGAUGCCCAAAACCCCCUCACAGAAGAACCGCCGGAAGAAGAGGCGGGUUUCUCAUGCCCAGGAUGAAAACAGGGACCCUGCCCGGAAAAGGUUGUCGCGUAGGAAGACGCGGAGCAGCCGGCUGAGCGCCCGGCGCCUGCGCAGUAGGGACAAGACGGACAAGCUGUCGCUGGCCGCGAGCGAAGAGGGCGCAGCCCCUCGGCGGGUGACCCGGGCCGCUGCAGCAGCAGCAGCAGCAGCAGCCGCCGCAGCUUCCAUGCUGGCCGCGCCCCCGUCCACCGCUAAGGCCUGCACCCUGCCCCCCCAGUGCCCGCUGGUGCCCCGGGUGGAGGUGGGCAUUGCCGAGCGGAACAGCGCCGAGCAGCGGCUCAGCCAGCUCCGGGCCUCCAGGGGCAUGUUGCCGGCCCCCCACCACGCCACGCCCGUUUCCUCGGACGACGAGACCACGCCUAGGAAGCCCGAGGCCACACCCAGCACCCCGAUGUCCACUCCACGGGAGCCCAAGGGCCGCUCGGCCUCCAAGCUGAGGAUCGCGCGGGCCUCCCGGGGCCCGCAGGACUCGUCGGGCUCCCCAUCCUCCCCAUGGUGCGGCCGCGUGCUGGCCCCCAUCCAGCCCGACAGCCUCUCUGAGCCCGCGGGCGCCCCCCAGCGGAGGUCUGUGCGCCGCAGCCUGCUGGGCCCAUCCUCCCCCGGCCCCCAGCCCCACUCGCUGGCUCAGAAGUACUCCCUGGUGAGCAAGGCCGAGGCCAGGCUGCGCAGCUCCAGCAGGAUCUCCAGGAAGCCUGGCCAGGAGCAGGAGCCUUCCGCCCGCAUCAUCUGUCACAGUUACCUGGAGAGGCUUCUGAAUGUGGAGGUGCCCCCACAAGUCAGCCUCGAGAAGGAGGCUGGCAAAAAGGCCAGUGAGGAGGAGGCCAUCAAGGAGGAGGCCGAGCCCAUGGAGGCAGCUGAGCUGGAGGUCCCCAAGAUUGACGGGAUCACCUUGCUGCCCCAGAGUGCCACCAAGAUGGCUGUCAGCACACCCAGCCCCAGGUCUGUGGACGGUGACCAGGAGAUGCCAUCCAGAGGGCAGCCAGAGGCCAACCCUGAGCAAGCAGAUGGCCCCAAGGAGCCACCACACAGUGCCAGGAGGAAGCGCAGCUACAAGUGGGCAGUGUGUGAGCCAGACGAGGACGAGGACCUGCCGCCGCCCCAGGGCAGGAGCCCUUCCCCGCCCUGCCCCUCCAGCAAGGUGGUGCGGCCUCUCCGCACCUUCCUGCACACGGUGCAGAGGAACCAGAUGCUCAUGACCCCGACCUCGACCUCCCGCAGCAGCAUCAUGAAGUCUUUCAUCAAGCGCAACACUCCCGUGGCCGUGAACCCCAAGGAGAAGGAGCGGCAGCGUCUGGAGAACCUGCAGCGCAAGGAGGAGGCAGAGCAGCUGCGGCGGCAGAAGAUGGAGGAGGACAAGCGGCGGCGGCUGGAGGAAGUGAAGCUGAAGCGGGAGGAGCGCCUCCGUAAGGUGCUGCAGGCGCGGGAGCGCGCGGAGCAGAUCAAGGAGGAGAAGAACAAGCAGAUCAAGCAGAAGUUUGCUCAGCUCGACGAGAAGACCGAGAAGGUCAAGGAGGAGCGACUGGCGGAGGAGAAGGCCAAGAAGAAGGUGGCGGCCAAGAAGAUGGAGGAGGCGGAGGCCCGCCGGAAGCAGGAGGAGGAGGCACGGAGGCUCAGGUGGCUGCAGCAGGAGGAGGAGCGGCGACAGCAAGAGCUUCUGCAGAAGAAGAAGAAGGAGGAGGAGCAGGAGCGGUUGCGCAAGGCGGCCGAGGCCAAGAAGCUGGCCGAGCAGCGUGAGCAGGAGCGGCUGCUGGCGGAGCAGCGAGAGCAGGAGCGCAGGCGGGAGCUGGAGCGCAGGCGCGAGCAGGAGCGGCUGCAGGCAGAGAGGGAGCAGCAGGAAAGGGAGAAGGCUCUGCGGCUGCAGAGGGAGCGUCUGCAGAGGGAGCUGGAAGAGAAGAAGAAGAAGGAAGAGCAGCAGCGCCUGGCUGAGCAGAGGCUGCAGGAGGAGCAGGAGAGGAAGGCCAAGGAGGCUGACACGGCCAGCAAGACCUUGAACUUGACCGUGAAUGUAGAGUCCCCAGCCUGUACCUCGUAUCAGAUGACACCUCGAGGGUACAAGAACCCCCCCAAGAUCAACCCUGAUGACUAUGGGAUGGAUCUGAACAGUGACGACUCCACAGAUGACGAGUCCCACCCUCGGAAGCCCAUCCCCGCCUGGGCCAGAGGCUCCCCCCUCAGCCAGGCCAUCGUCCAGCAGUACUACCACCCUCCCAACCUCCAGGAGCUUUUCGGGUCCAUCCUGCCGCUGGACCUAGAGGACAUCUUCAAGAAGAGCAAGCCGCGCUACCACAAGCGCACCAGCUCUGCCGUGUGGAACUCGCCGCCCCUGCAGGCCAACAGGGUUGCAGGCAGCCUGGCCUACACCGGCCUGAAGAAGUACUGAGCGGGCCUCCCCGUCCUGUGUGCGUCUGUGCCCUCUACCCGUUGUCCUGUCUCUGAGGGUUUGUCUCUGUGUGUAUUCAUGUUCUCUGCUGCUGUGGGCCGUGCUUGGGGGAAGGGAUAGGGGGUGGGUGUGUAGGGGGGCUAGGCAGUGAGCCCCACCCGGCCCACAGUGGCCCUCUGUAAAUACUGUUUUAACUAAGCUUUGCUGUAGCCUUUGGUGUCUGAAGACUGAAUAAAGUGCAUUCCUUCAGUGUC